ACUUAUCCUAAUAUAAUAUCGGCCACUGCAUUUGCUUCCAAAUCUCGUCCACUCAAAUCUUAUACUUUUCUCUUUUCUCUAAAUUCUUUCAUACUCACAUCAAUUCAUCACUUCAUUCAGCAUUUCUUCCCCUAGCUAGUUUCAUCAAUGGCUGCUGCUGUCAGUGCUGCAGUCUCUUUUCCAUCCACCAAAUCCACCUCUCUCCAAAGUAGGACCUCCAUCGUUGCCCCAGAGAGAGUCAUUUUCAAGAAGGUUCCAUUUCAAUACAGAGAUGCUUCCAGCAAUGGAAGGGUGGUUUCCAUCAGAGCUCAAGUCACCACUGAGGCACCAACCAAGGUUGAAAAAGAGUCUAAGAAACAGGAUGAAGGUGUAAUUGUGAACAAGUUCAAACCCAAGGCCCCAUACAUCGGUAGAUGCCUUCUCAACACAAAGAUCACAGGAGAUGAUGCUCCAGGAGAAACUUGGCACAUGGUCUUCAGCACCGAGGGAGAGGUUCCUUACAGAGAAGGACAAUCAAUUGGGGUAAUUCCUGACGGUGUUGACAAGAAUGGCAAACCUCAUAAACUGAGAUUGUAUUCUAUUGCCAGCAGUGCCAUUGGUGACUUUGGUGAUUCCAAGACUGUUUCUCUAUGCGUGAAACGACUAGUGUACACAAAUGAAAGUGGAGAAAUUGUCAAGGGAGUCUGCUCAAAUUUCUUGUGUGACCUGAAGCCAGGAUCUGAUGUAACAAUAACUGGACCUGUUGGGAAAGAAAUGCUUAUGCCAAAAGAUCCUAAUGCCACCGUUGUCAUGUUGGCAACUGGAACUGGGAUUGCCCCAUUUCGGUCAUUUUUAUGGAAAAUGUUUUUUGAGAAGCACGAAGAUUACAAGUUCAAUGGUUUGGCAUGGCUCUUCUUGGGUGUACCUACAAGCAGCUCAUUGCUUUACAAAGAGGAAUUUGAAAAGAUGCAGGAGAAAUAUCCAGAGAACUUCAGACUUGACUUUGCUGUGAGCAGAGAACAAACAAAUGAGCAAGGAGAGAAGAUGUACAUCCAAACUCGAAUGGCUCAAUAUGCAGAAGAGCUUUGGGAACUACUGAAGAAGGAUAAUACUUUUGUGUAUAUGUGUGGACUGAAAGGAAUGGAAAAGGGAAUUGAUGAUAUUAUGGUAUCAUUGGCUGCCAGAGAUGGCAUUGAUUGGAUUGAUUACAAGAAGCAAUUGAAGAAAGCUGAGCAAUGGAACGUGGAAGUGUAUUAAUUUAUAGAUAUUAACUCCUACUUCAUGCUGCAACAAGUCUCAAAGUGUAUCAUCCCUCCUUCGUUGUAUAGAUAUAUGACGAAUCCUGUAAUUUUUCUUUCACCAUUUUUAUAUUAUUCAUCAAUAAUUUCACUGUCAGUUUUACAA